AUGUUGGAUGCAUGGUCCCUACCUUCUUCCUGGAUUGUUGUCAUCGCAACUAUAUCGUUUGUCAUGCUGAGGAAGUUACUUCCCAUCUUCCUCGUCUUCUUCAAGCCCGAUAGUUUACGGGACCUCCCUGGCCCAACCAACUCUAGUUGGUUCUUUGGCAACGCCAAGGAGGUUCGAGCGUCAGAACGGUCCGCGGUGCUGAGUAUCUGGGCCAAGACGUAUGGUAAAACAUAUAGGUAUAAGGUGUUAUUCAACUCUGACGUACUCUAUACCCUCGACACAAGAGCCAUUAGCCACGUUCUUAACCACAGCAAUGACUAUCUUAAGCCGCAAUUACAACACUUCGUUUUCUCGCAGGCUGUAGGCGAAGGUUUAUUGACUGCUGAAGGCGACCAGCAUCGCCGACAGAGACGCAUUAUGAACCCUGCAUUUGGCCCGGCUCAGAUCAGAGAGCUAACAGAAAUAUUUGUGACGAAAGCGCAUCAACUCCGUGACAUCUGGAAGGAAGAAGUCUCGAAAUGCGAGGAGUCCGCACGUAUCAACAUUCUUAAUGGGCUCAACAAGAUGACUCUGGAUGUUAUUGGCUUAGCAGGCUUCAACUAUAUGUUUAAUGCGUUAAAUCCCCACGGCAAGCCGAACGAGCUGAACGAAGCAUUGAACACAAUGUUCCGGUCAUUAACCCAGCUUGACACGAAUGUAUUGCGCUUUCUUCAAUUCUAUCUUCCGCCUUUACAAUUCAUUCCCAAUAGCGUCACCAGAAGUAUGAACAAAGCUAAGGGUGUCAUGCGCUGCAUCGGCAUGCGGCUCAUUGCCGAAAAGAAAGCUGAGGUUCUCGGAAUAUCCAAUACAGGAGAAAAGGACAAGCACCUACAGAGUCGUGAUCUACUGACGUUACUAAUUAAGGCGAACAUGAGUAGCGAGAUUCCGGAGAGUCAGAGGCUUUCAGAUGAAGGAGUCUUGGCUCAAGUGCCAACUUUCCUUCUCGCCGGACACGAGACAACUAGUAAUGCGACAACGUGGUGUCUUUUUGCCCUCGCCCAUGCUCAAAAGAUCCAGCAGAAACUACGUGAAGAGCUUCUCAGUGUUCCUACUGAAAGUCCAUCUAUGGAUGAACUGAACGAGUUGCCUUAUCUCGAUGCAGUAAUCCGCGAGACAUUGCGCAUCCAUCCUCCUCUGGACAGGACGGUGCGACGUUCUACAAAGGACGAUGUAAUACCGCUUAACACUCCGUACACGGAUGUGCAUGGCCAGGCGCAGAAUAGCGUCAGAAUAAAUAAGGGUUGUGCCAUCUUGAUUCCCAUCCUUGCCAUCAAUAAGUCGAAGGAACUUUGGGGCGAAGAUGCGGACGAAUUUUAUCCAGAGCGAUGGCUUGCGGGAGUGCCAGAGGCUGUACGCGAUAUUCCUGGCGUGUGGGGAAACAUGCUGAGCUUCCUCGGCGGACCUCGGUCAUGCAUUGGAUAUCGCUUCUCCCUUGUUGAAAUGAAGGCUCUGCUGUUCUCACUUAUACGUGCGUUCGAAUUCCAUCCAGCGGUGCCGUACGAGGAUAUCACGAGAGAACGUGGAGUCGUACAGCGCCCUGUUGUCCGCAGUGAGAUGGAGAAAGGGAGCCAGCUUCCGCUGUUGGUCCGACUUUAUCAGCGGUAG